AUGGUCGGGCAUCGCAUGGGUCCAGUAAGUCUUCCUCCUUCGGGAAGACAUUCCUGGGAUCACGGCGGUUAUUCCUCUUCGGACUAUGAGGCAUAUCGAGACUGGACAGAGAUCUCCAGUCUGAAUGAACACGAGGACAUCGUCUACGAACAAGCAUCCGGAACUGGAAGGUCACUUUCUGAAGACAUGCUCGAUUAUGGAGAGGAUCCAGAGGGCUUCUAUUAUGCGAUGACCCCAAUGAGGCAUUCCUCAACCUGUUUCACUCCGCUCUGCGCUCCGUCGGAAUACAUCUCACUGCCGUGCUAUCGCCAUGUGCAGCAAGCAACGCCGUGCUCGGUGCACCAGCACCAUCCGCACCCGAUCUGGAUCCCGGCCACCAGCCUCCCGCCACAUCCACGUUCAAUCCGGCACAGCGGAGGGACAGCUCCUCCAUCCAUCUAUGUACCAAGGCCGAAAGCUCUCAGUUCGCCGCUGGCUCCUAAGAUGUCGCCACUGCCGAUAUAUUCACACUCACAAAGGAGUUCCGUGGAGGAGAUGUGGGAGGGAGAAGUGGAUUCAAUCGCAAGGAAGAACAAAUGGAAAUCUGCCGUUAGAGUCAACAAAUCCGGACAUUUGGUCAUCGAUUACAGCACAAAUUGGCAGAUACUGGACUUCCAGGUUCAACUCAGGCAGCAGAAGGGUAUCUCCUAAGGUUUUUGUUUGUCUCCCCCAUGAAUCUACAAAACUCCAGAG